AUGCUGAAUCGAUUCUCCCCCGCCAGCAUUCGACGUAUAUCAACAACAGCUAGAUGCUGCAGUGAUAAAAAUGAACCGGAUCUAUCCGAUCCAAAAACUUUGGCACUUCAUAAACUGUAUCGUCCAGAACGUAUUACACCAUCGAAACGUGGAAUUGAUUUGCUCAAACAACCUGGAUUGAACAAAGGAAUGGCUUUCUCUUUGCAUGAACGACAAUAUCUUGGCAUUCACGGUCUUUUGCCACCAGCAUUCAUGACUGAAGAGCAGCAAGCCUACCGUAUCAUUACGAAGCUUCGGCAACAACCAGAUAAUUUGGCCAAGUAUAUUCAACUUGAUUCUCUUCAAGACCGUAAUGAAAAGUUGUACUAUCGAGUUCUUUGUGACAAUGUCAAGGAAUUGAUGCCAAUUGUGUAUACUCCUACUGUCGGUCAAGCUUGUCAGCAUUUUGGAUUCAUCUACCGAAAUCCAAAAGGACUUUAUGUUACCAUCAAUGACAACAGCAUCAGUAAGAUUUAUCAGAUUCUUGCCAAUUGGCAUACCGAAAACGUACGUGCUAUUGUUAUCACUGACGGAGAACGUAUUCUUGGACUUGGAGAUCUUGGAACAUAUGGAAUCGGAAUUCCGGUUGGAAAACUUGCACUUUACGUUGCUCUCGCUGGAAUUCGUCCAGAAUGGUGUCUCCCUGUUAUUCUUGAUGUUGGAACCGACAAUACAGAACUUUUGAACGAUCCAUUUUACACAGGAUUGAGAAGAAAACGUGUUCGUGGUCCAGAAUACGACUCACUUGUUGAUAACUUCAUGAAGGCUGCUACAAAGAGAUUCGGAAGAGAUACUCUAAUUCAGUUUGAAGACUUCGGAAAUCAAAAUGCAUACAGACUGCUCGAUAGAUACAAGGGAGAGUACUGUAUGUUCAACGAUGACAUCCAAGGAACCGCUGCGGUCGUCGUUGCUGGCCUUCUUGCCUCUACUCGUGUGACAAAGAAGAAACUUUCUCAAGAGAAAAUUGUCUUCUUAGGGGCGGGAGGAGCAGCAACUGGUGUCGCUGAAAUGUGUGUUCGUCAAAUGAUGGAUGAAGGUCUGACUGAAGAAGAAGCGUGCGGCCGUAUUUAUAUGGUUGACAUCGAAGGACUCAUCACCACUUCACGAAUCAAGUCUCUUGGUGAAAGACACGUGAAGUUCGCUAAAGAUCUUCCAGAUACUAAGAAUCUACUUGAAGUUGUGAGAACUGUAAAACCAGGAGCACUGAUUGGCGCGUCAACUGUAGCUGGAGCUUUCACUGAAGAGAUCAUCAGAGAGAUGGCCAAGAACAAUCCACGUCCAAUUAUUUUUGCUUUGUCUAAUCCAACCAGCAAAGCGGAAUGCACUGCUGAAACUGCCUAUAGAUGCACCAACGGUGCCGUACUUUUCGCUUCCGGAUCUCCAUUCGAGAAUGUCGAGUUGAAUGGAAAACUCUAUAAACCAGGACAAGGAAACAAUGCUUACAUCUUCCCAGGAGUUGCUCUUGGAGCUGUUCUGUUUGCUGUCAAAAAUAUUCCCGACAAAUUAUUCCUUCUCGCUGCUCGUAUGGUUGCUGAAGCUGUGUCAGAAAAAUCUCUCUACACAUACUCUCGUGUUUACCCUCGUCUCAAAGAUAUUCGUGAACUGUCUGUCAAAAUCGCUGUCGAAGUUGGAGAAUAUUGUUACCGUCAUGAUUUGGCUACACUCCAUCCAAAACCAGACGAUAUGGAAAUGUUCAUCCGUCAAAACUUAUACAGCGUUGAAUAUGAUGAGUUGAUCAAUAAGACCUACGAAUGGCCAGCCAAAGAUUCGAAGCACGGAUUCCCGGUUCCCGUUUUGAGAAGAACCUCAAUGGACGAAGAAUAA